UUUCCCUUUUAAUAGCAAGGCACGGGCGACUGUGUUCUGUCAGCAAAAAUACAACAAAAGAAGAACUAACAUGAUUAGCAAAUUUCCAGUAGAAUAGGCUGAUCUAAGGGAAUAUUAUUCCUUUUUUAGUCAACGAAGAACCCAGUCUACGAUUCCAAGGACUGGUCUAACCAUGCAUUAACUGUCAGUCUUGGCAUCAAUGAAUUUGAAAUAGUGAGGUGGAGGGUUUUCUCUUCCAAGCGAUCGCAUGCCUGUUUGGGUAUCUAGCCCACCUUACUUGCACAUUUGAUAGCGGCGAAAUCAGGACUUUUUAAAAAGUCAGGCCAUGUAAGGGUAAAACUACGACAAGUAACACGGUGCUGACACUACAACAAGCGGGUGAAGUGAUAUAGUGCUAACACCAUAACAAGAAGGCAGAUGAAAGGACGGCGAAUGAGAAAUAGGCUGACUUUCCAAAAUAAAUACCUUAAAAGGUUUGAAAUUCAGACGAGGGACAUGGAUAUGAGUAAGUACUUGUUGAAAUACUAAAAGAAUACAUUCGCUGUCCAUAUUCAAAACGUACACUUAUGGUUAUCAAUCAAUUAAUCAAUCAAUCAAUUAAUCUGUCAAAAAGUCAAUCAAACAGGAAAGAUAAUUGGCAUAUAGGCUUAAUUAGAGAACUGAAAGAUUUAACAAUUUUGUUGCUUCACUUUACAGAAGAAUACUCCAUGGCGAUGCCAACUAUAUUUUGCAUUCGCAGUUGCCAUUGUUAUCCUCGUCAUGUAUUCAGUCCAUAACUUCACAAGAAAUCUUAGUAAAAACAAACCUUGUGGCAACCGCGUCAUAAACACAGCUCUACCAAAUGGAAGUCGUCAGAUUAUUACAAAGGGAAAUGUCAGCUCUUGUUUCAAGGAAGCGUUCAAAGACUUCUUACUUGUUAUUGUUUACAAUUAUCCAUUCUACGAUAGCAUACCUCAUCUGGAAGCUCUGUAUAAACCUGUUUUCCCUCAUCUGUUAUUCUGCGGUCCACCUCACAAUACGACGGAACCAGGCAUUCUUAUGGUUGAUAUCAAGAAAGGCUUUCUGGGAUACGAGUGUCUUGGUAGAGUAAUACGAGGACAUCCGGGAUAUGAGGGAUAUUUCUACAUCAGCGAUGACGUCAUACUGAAAUAUUGGAAUUUCCCAGAGUUUGACAGGGAAAAGAUUUGGGAGUCGUCGUUCCUUGUUUCCAAUCCACUUAACGAGGCCCCGAGAACUAGUUGGUAUUGGUGGAAUACCCCGUAUGGUUUGAAUAAUUGCCGAGGAGCUUGUGAAGAUGUAGCAAAAAUGACUUUACGGCAGAAGAAACUUAACGGAACACGCCUUUUAAAUACUCUUCUGGAGAACAGUGAUGGGACACUGCGAUGCUUUGGAAGUCGUUCGGACGUUUUAUACAUUCCUCAAAGGCAUGCCAACGCGUUCGCAAUUCUUUCGGAAAUGUUUUACAAACGCAAAGUUUUCCUGGAAAUUGCCGUGCCGACUAUUAACCGACUCCUAGAGCAAAACGAGAACAUCGCUCGUCUUCCUGGGUACUACCUUCCAGGAAGAAUGGCCGAUCCUCGUGCAAGUGAUAGCAGGUUUUUCUGGUACUUUUACUUCUCUCAUAACUAGUACUGCUUCAUUCAUCCUUUUAAACUUCACCGACAAGGACUUGACAGCAAGUUUAACUUAGUGAUGUUUAAAUUUCUUUUUAUAGAUAAAAUCAAAGCGCUAACGAACUGUUAGCCCACGUUCCUGUAAUCAAGUAUGUUUUUAAAAAAGAAAACUUUAGAGACAGCUUUUAUAACAGACUCCGAAGGCUGAAUGACCAUGUCUACCCGCAUUAAUCAAUAUUUCACAUGUGAGAUUCCGGCAGUGCCAGUCUCUUGGAUGCGAUUUGUCGUACACGCGCACAGGCUUAACCCGCUGCGAAAAAAAAUAUCGCAGAUUUCUGAAAAAUAGCUCAGUAAUCCUUGCGCAACCAAUGACGGACUGCUGUAGUUAUCACAUUGAACAUCGCCAAGCUUUUGCAAAGAAGUGCAGUGGUAUUCCGAUGGUAACGCUAUCCUCAGUCCGAAAGAAAUGCCACCCCCUAAAAAACCCUGGGAGUUUUUGUACGUUUAUUGAGGUGGCCGAACACAGAUUUACAUGGGAUUAACGGUAUGUCUUAAUAGCCAAUGAUUUUUUAACCCAAAUAAAACAGGGCAUUACGGUGUAAAUGCAUUGCAGUUUAGCAAACUCCGAGGGUGUAAAUUAUCUUCGCACGCGCCGUCAUUACUUCAACAGACUAAAUGUGGCUUGAACGAGUAAUUUCGGAUUAACUACAAGGGAGGGUGUGUAACCGUGUGCUGUUAUUGUAAGAUCGUGCUGUAUCGAGUCAUAGAAGUAAGAUUGUUAGCGCAAGCUUUAUUACACGGUGUUCUCUUAUAGGAGGCAGCGUGGCCGAGUAGUUGGGGCACCGGACCUGAAAUCCGGAGGUCGCGGGUGCAAGUCCCGCUCUGACCACUUAGCUGGAGUUGUUUCUAGGUAGACCCUUGUUCAGCUCCUCCAUCAUUCUUGUACAUAGCCAACUGGUCUGCCUCCUACCAGUUGGGAUUUUUAACCAUCUUAUGUUCAUUUGCAUUAUUUGUUUCAUCAUU